CUCCCUCCUCAGGCGUGGGCCGACAGUAUCAACCAGGCCAAUAAGAUGGCCCUGCUCAACUGGGUAAGAGAAACCGGCAUUGAUCUGGUGCAGAUCAAUGGACAGAGGCGAUAUGGUGGCCCCCCGCCAGGCUGGGUGGGCAGCCCCCCACCGGUGGGCUCGGAGGUCUUCAUCGGGAAGCUGCCACAGGAAAUGUACGAGAACACGCUGAUCCCGCUUUUCCAGAGUGUGGGGAAACUCUACGAAUUCCGCCUCAUGAUGACGUUCAGCGGCCUCAACCGGGGCUUUGCCUACGCCAAGUACAGCAACUGGCAGGGUGCCAAGGAGGCCAUUGCCACCCUCAACAACUUGGAGGUGCAGGAGGGCUGCACCAUCGUGGUGUGCAAGAGCUUGGAGAAGUGCGAGCUGAGUGUGGACGGCCUGCCCACCUCGGUGAGCCAGAAGGGCCUGGAGGCUGUGGUGCUGGGGGCCACCGAAGGGGUCCUCAGCAUCACCCUGCAUGCCAGCCCUUACCAGAAGAAGGCCAAGUUUGCCGUGCUGAAAUACAGCUCACACCGGGCUGCUGCCAUGGCCAAGAAAACCCUGAUGGAAGGGAAUGUGAGGCUCUGCGGGGAGAACGUGAAGGUGGGGUGGCUGAAACCAGAGCUGAAGGAGAAACUGCAGUUGUGUAAGGAGAAGCAUGGCAAGCACCUGGGGAGCCCCGAGCAAGUGCUGCGGUCCCUGAAGCUGUGCGACGUGCUGGACUGCCUGAACACCCUGUGCCGUCAGCAGUGCCUGGGGACCCCCCGCUUCUUCACAAAGUGUGUCCAGGUGAAACCUGGUGGGUGGCUGCAGUACUGGUGCCAGCUAGUGAUCCCAGCAUGGCCCUUGCCCUUCAGGGGGUUCCUGUGGGUGCAGGAAGAUGUGCCAAGCACCAGUGGGCAUGAGAAGGCAAAAGACGCAGUGGCACGGCUGGCUCUCAGGAAGCUAGGAUGCCUGCUGACGUAGGCAGCUGUUUUGCCCAAACUAUGAACCGAACCCGAGCCAUCAGACGUCCUGUUGCUGUCUGCAGGAGUGGAGCACGGGCCUGGUGGGGAUGUGGUCCUGUUUCAGCUUUGGUUUCAGUUUGUUGGGGUUCAUUUUGAGAGCCAGCGCUGGAAGAUGGGGGUGCUGUCAUGGUGCGUGACAGCUGCCCUGUUCCCAGCUGGCACUUGGUUCUGCUCUGUUCUGGGGGAGGUAGGCCUGACCUGCCUGGUUCAGCUUUUUCCAUUUUUUAUAAAAUUGUUCUGUGUUGCUCUGGUGCAGUAGGGCCCCAGCAUAGGUCUUGGGAGAAGUUAGAAGCAGCAGCAGCUGCUCUGAAAGGCUGCCAGCAUUGGGUGUGGGCUGGGGAGGUAUAGGGGACCUUUGGGAGGUGGCCCAGCUGAAUAGGGAGACAAUGUGUGGCCUCAGCUCUCCUCCACUGCAUGCUGGAUACCCGAGCAGCAGCCUCACUUUGGUAAACAGGGGACACCCCCUUGGCUGGGGGGGCCGCGCUUCAACUAGGAGAGUGGCUGUGGGCUCUGGAAGGCACAGAGCCAGUUGGGCUGCGGGAAGCAGCCGGGGUUAUUGGCCGUCAUGAAUGAGUCCUCUGGACCAAGAGGACUGGCCGCCAGCCACCGACUUGGU